AUGGCUCGUCUACCUUUAAUAGUACAAAAUGAGAGGCGUAAAAGAAUUGGUCUUGCUAUUACAAUAUGGUUGCAAAUGUGUACAGUUGCGAAUUGGUUCUUAGUUGCACUGGGUGCCAUUCAUAGCCUGCAUACUUAUAGACCAAGGAUUAGAUCCUAUAUUUUAGAUUUUUAUGCAAAACGAGAUUAUGUGAAAAGACUUGUAUAUGCUAGUGACGAGACGUGUAUUGAACAAGUUAGGAUGAAUAGAACUACCUUUUUUAAACUUUGUGAGAUGUUACAAACUUUAGGGGAAUUGAAGUCAUCAAGGAACAUGCUUGUUGAUGAGCAAGUGGCAAUGUUUUUACAUAUUAUUUCUCAUCACCUUAAAAAUCGAGUUAUCAAGCAUCACUUUAAUAGGUCCGGGAAAACCGUUAGCAGAUCAUUUCACAAUGUUUUAAAUGCUGUCAUAUGCUUACAAGAUGUGUUAUUUAAAAAGGCAGAGCCAAUUACAGCUAAUUCUACAGACCCAAUGUGGAAAUGGUUUAAGGAAGGUUCUGUUGCUGAUGGACGAGUUCUUCGAGAUGCCAUAAGUAGGAGACAUGGACUAAAAGUUCCUCAUGGUUGUUAUUAUCUAGUUGAUGCUGGAUACACAAAUUGUGAGGGAUUUCUUGCGCCUUUUAGAGGACAAAGAUAUCAUUUGAAUGAGUGGCGUCAGGGUUACCAGCCAAGUACUCCGGAAGAAUUUUUCAAUAUGAAACAUGCUUCAGCGCAAGAGUUGGGAGAAGGAUUACCUAGUAAUGUGAUAGAUGACGAUGAACCGAAUAUUAUAAAUAUUCAUCCGUCGGAUGCAUGGGCUACUUGGAGGAUGGAACUAGCCAACCAAAUGUUCGAUGAAUGUGUUUCUUCCCGAGUUCUCGAGGAACCAAAGGAAAUGGGUUCCGAAGAAGAUGCUGCGUUGGUUGCUUGUAUGGUCGACUUGCACAAUGCUGGAACCUUUAAUGCGGAUACGGGAUUCAAAGCCGGCUAUUUAAAUGAGUUAGAAAAAAUGAUGGAAAAAGUUUUACCCAAUGCCAUGUUGAAGGCUAAACCUAAUCUUGAAUCUAGGAUUAGGACAUUGAAAAGGGAUUGGUCAAUCGUUUAUGACAUGCUUAGUGGAAAAAACAAUAGCGGCUUUGGUUGGGAUGAGCAUAGGCAGCUUGUUGUUGCUGAAGAUGCGGUUUGGAACUCAUAUAUAAGUAGUCAUAAAGAAGCAACUCAAUUCAGACAUCGGAGUUUCCCUUAUUAUGACCAACUUACUGCCAUUUACGCAAAAGAUCGAGCCACUGGAAAAGAUGCUCAAACAGCUGCUGAUAUUAUUGAAGAAAUAAAUGUUGAAGAUGUAGCUGCUACAAAUUCUCAUGAAGAAAGAAACGAUUUCCAUGGAUCCGAAGCUGAUGUUUCUUUAGAUGACAUGGAUCUUUCAGCUACACAACCUCAACCAGAACCGCAACUAGCUAGAAACCAAGGUGAUUCUGCAUUUUCAAAGAAGAAAAAAAAGAUUUCUGAUGCAAGUGAUUUUUCUACUUCAUUUAAUGAUGCUGCCGCUUUAUUGGCGGAAAAUGUACGGACCGUUGGCCUUGAAAUCAGCAAGAGUAUUGCAUCCGAAGUGGUAAUUCAACAAAAGUCAGAAAUGACCAUUCAAGAAAGUGCUCUGAAAUUAUAUCCAACAUUAUGUGAAGUGGAAGGUUUAACUGAGGAUGAACGCUAUCGAGCAUUGAGCAAAAUUCCAGAUCAUCCAACGCAAAUGUUCAUUUUUUUUAGUUUACCUUCUGUUGUGCGAUUGGAAUGGGUCAGAAGAUUUCUUGCUGACCAUUAA